AAAGUAAACAAACCGACUGUCAGCUCUUUUACAACAAAUGCCAUAACUAACAAAGCAACAUCCAAGCCAAUUUCUUGUAGACCUGUUGCUUCUGCUCAAAGCAAGACACAUGAUUCUGUCAACUGCACGGAGAUGCCAUGGUAUGCCUUCAUUUGGGAUCGUCAAGUUUGCCAGACAAUGUGCGAUGCUGUUGUAAUUCAUGACUCCUGGCUUCUGACGUCGGCUCGCUGUGUUAGUCAGUACACACGCACACCAAGACGUCUGGUAAUCAGCUUGGGAGUCAGCAAUGCUCGACAGAUGAAGAAGUCCUCUAGAGCAAAAUCCGUUGUUUUACAUCCACAGUGGCAGCCUAUGUCUAACGGGCAAGGUGUGGCAUACGACAUGGCACUGGUGAAGAUGAAGAAAUCUAAUCACAAUAAUAAAAAAUGUCUUACUGAACCAAUACAAUUGGCGUCUUCUAGUGACACCGUUACAGACCAUCACUGCUUGGGAUUCACAACUGAUGUCCAUACCGAAUAUGUAAAGAAACUAAUGUUGAAUGCGCCAAAUGCCAAAGUAGUAGAUACAGAUCAUACAGAAGCCAAUUGGGCGGCAACUGCAUGUAGAGUCCAAAAUGGUCAAUGGCGAUUGUUCCAAGUCCUUAGUGGUGAAUUCACGGACCCUACAAAUAUCUACAAUAACAAGAACGUCACUGACUGGAUAACUAACAAUAUCAACGAGACUCAUAGCAUUGCCUGAACAUAAACAAGUUUACAACGAGUAAGUGUAUCUGCAUGCGAAAUAUCUGCAUGCGAAGAACAGAAACAUAAAAAUGUAAUAAUUUUAAACAAACUGCAAUUUGUUUAUAGUUUAACGCAAUAGCUGUCAAGUAGUAUUUUCGAGGUAUCUUUGUAGUAAUCAAGUAUGCAGUUGAAAUUGAUAAUAAAAAAAAGAUUACAAUUCUUA